AUAUUACUAAGUUUAUGUCCAAAAAAAGACAAAAAGCAAAAAACAAAAGAGAGAGGUAGAGAAGAAGAAGUUGAUAGUCUCUCUCUCCAACCAACAAAUUUGCAAAAUUGAAAAACGAAGGUCUCGUGGAUGCACUGAGCACCAUGACUCCUCCCUCAUACCCUAUCCACAUCACUACCCAUUUGUGUGACUCACAAACUCUCCUCACUAGAUUUGCUGCAAUAAAUAAAGCAAACAAACCUUAACCAUUCCCACAUUCAAAACUCCAUAUAUUCUCACACACACAUUAUCAGUAUCAGUAUCGGUAUCAGUAUCAUCAUGGCUCAAACAAUGCUGCUCACUGCAAAUCCCUUGUUGAAGGGUGAGCAGCCAUCCUUGAUCCAAAGGCUUAAACCUCAGCCCUUCUCUCAGAUCUGCAGGAUUAACACUGCUUCGCCUCUCUCUUCCUCAACCACUACUGUUGCUCUCUUCAAAUCCAAAGCCAAAGCUGCUCCUGCUAAGAAGGUAGUAGUGAAGGAAAAGACUAAGGUUGAAGAUGGGAUUUUUGGGACAUCUGGUGGGAUUGGAUUUACUAAACAAAAUGAGCUCUUUGUUGGCCGUGUUGCUAUGAUCGGAUUCGCUGCUUCCCUAUUGGGAGAGGCAAUAACUGGAAAAGGAAUCCUUCAACAACUAAACUUGGAGACUGGAAUUCCAAUCUAUGAAGCAGAGCCUCUUCUCCUUUUCUUCAUCCUUUUCACCCUCCUUGGAGCCAUCGGUGCCUUGGGCGACCGUGGCCGCUUCGUCGACGACGCCCCCGCCACCGGCCUCGACAAGGCCGUCAUUGCCCCCGGCAAGGGAUUGAGGGCUGCCCUAGGCCUCGGAGACGGUCCUCUAUUCGGAUUCACAAAGGCUAAUGAAUUGUUUGUGGGGAGAUUGGCUCAACUUGGAAUUGCUUUCUCUUUAAUCGGAGAAAUCAUAACCGGAAAAGGAGCUCUUGCGCAGUUGAACAUUGAGACCGGAGUGCCUAUCGGCGAACUCGAACCCCUUUUGCUGUUCAACAUAGUCUUCUUCUUCGUCGCCGCAAUUAACCCGGGAACGGGAAAAUUUGUCACCGACGAUGAAGAAGAUUAAAUGUGUUCAUAUUUUUUUUUUGAAUAAUUGUUUUUAAGUCUGAAACAACAACUUAAUUUUGUGUGUAGUGUUUUGUUAGUGAGUAGAACAUCUUUUAGUCGGUUUGAUUUUUCUGUUACAUUUUACAAUUAUAUAUUAUUAUAUAUUUCGUAUUUUGUGGAA